AUGGGAUUUGUUUAUGGAUGCUUAAUCUUCCUCAUUGUUUCACUUUGCUAUUUGGAUAUUGAAGGGCGAACUUUUCUGGUAUCAAACUAUAGUGCCUAUCCAAAUGAUAAUAUCGAUGAUACAAGCGGAAUUCAAAACGCUCUCAAUGAUGCUGCUUCGUAUGGACGAAACAAUAUUGUACUAUUUGAAUCCGGUACUUAUGAUUGUUUUGGAGGAUUCACAAUUUAUGGCGCUACUAAUUUGACAAUCAUGGGGCAAGGAAUGUAUGAAACUCUACUGCUUGGUCAUCGUCCAUCAGGAAUGUUUUGGAUUCAGGGUAUUAAUACAAUGCUGAUUAGUUCAUUAUCGAUUGAUUAUGAUCCACUUCCAUUUACUGCUGGGUAUGUUGUGAAUGCAACUUCGACUUAUCUUGAUGUACAAAUAGUACCACCUCAUCGACCUGAUAUUAAUCGACAAGUAUCAGCUAUUCUUCGAUAUGAUCCGACAUUGAUGAGACCAGCCAUUGGUUCAAGAGCAUAUGAAGUUUAUCAGACACCACCAAACAAUGCAAAUACAACUUUAGUUUCAAAUGGUGUACUUCGUAUUCCUGUGGCAUGGCAGAUGUAUUUCGGUAUUGGAGAUGCAAUUGUCGCUCGUUAUGUAUCUACAGGUCAUGUUAUAAGUGGACAAUCUCUAACGAAUAUUACUAUUAAAUCAGUUACUAUUUACACAGGUUGGUAUAUGGCCUUGACAUUUAAAGUAGCAGGUCUUAAUGUAAUUGAUUUUCAUGUGAAGCCACGUGCUGGACGUUGGUUGAGUACAUCAGCAGAUUGUAUGCAUUUUGGAGAUGCUAGAAAUUAUAUAAACAUAUUCAACAGUUCAUGUGAAGGACAAGGUGAUGAUGGUUUGAAUGUGCACGCAUAUUAUUAUAAAGUUACAGAAAUAUUCAAUUCAACUGCCCUCACUCUCACCGAAUAUAAUUGGCCUGAAGUUCUUAAUGUUGGAGUUGGCACUAAUCUUGAAUUUGUUUCUGGCCAACAACCGUUUGUUGGCUAUGCAACAGCAACAAUAGUAUCAUUGACUGGCAAUGGCGGAAAUUCAAAGUUAUUUAUCUUUGCUAAUCCAAUUAAUGCAAGCGUUGGCGAUUGGGCUGUUGUUGCUGAUACGCCAACAGUUACUAUACGCAACUUUACUGCAGCGAACAAUCGUGCACGUGGUAUUCUGUUACAAGCCCGGAACAUUACUGUAACACAAUCUUUAUUCAAUCAAACUAGUGGACCAGCAGUUUUAUUUGGUGCAUCAUUAUAUUGGCAUGAAGGUCCUACAGCAAGAAAUGUUACACUUGAUCAAAAUGUUUAUAUUAGUUGCAAUGAAGGUAUUGCACAAGGAAAUGGAGUCAUAUCAAUUUCACCUGAUUUGAUUGCACCAGUUCCAGUCAUAACCAACAUACAAAUCACAUCAUCGACAUUUCUUAAUGGGCAGUAUAGUAAAUAUCCAAUACAAAGUUCUAAUGGUGGUGGGGUAUCAAUCCGUAACAACUAUUUUUCCAUGAAAAACUAUUCAAAUCCCAUUGUUAUUUUAUGUAACAGCCAAAAUAUUUCUGCAUUCAAUAAUACUGUUAUCAGUAAUGCAUCAGUAAUUAGUCAAUUUGUCACUUAUGCUAGUACAGGUGCUUGUAAUAGCAGUUUAAGCUCUUACAUUAACUUACCAGAUUCAGCAUUUAAUGCUUCGUUUCGGCCUCCUGUCAUAGCAACAAGUUUAGGUGUCCAAAUAAAUAACUUUUAA